AUGAGGUUCAACGCGUUGCUUGCUAACGCCGCCGCCGCGGGGCUAGUAAUGGCGUCGCUGGCGGCGGCGCAGGAGAAGUGCGGCAAUGAAGAACCGGAUCCUGAAGCUUACCGAGCCGCAGUGGGUUUGCGCGCAGCUCAGCGCGACGAAGGCUUGUCGGCCGGGUUUCUCAACAAGCGCGCAGAGGGGUUGCUCAUUUCUACAUAUUUGCAUGUCGUUGAGGACGAGGCGCACAGAGGCUUCGUCACGGACAAGAUGAUCAACGACCAGUCUACUGUUGAAAGAAGGAAGAGCCAGCAACUUUGUGCACGUACCGCUGACCGCAGAGGACAGAUGAGAGUCCUCAACGAGACUUUUGCUCCGCACAACAUCCAGUUCGUCGUAAAGAAUCUUACCCACACCGUCAACGACGCCUGGACGCGCCAGGCGCGCAUCAAAGAGAAAGCCGAGGCCCUCCGCCAGGGCGCCUACGACGACCUCAACAUCUACUUCGAGACGGGGCUCAUGACGAACCCCAACUCCGCGACGGGCAUAUGCAGCUUCCCUGUCGAAGACCCCUGGAACACGGGCAUCAACGGCACUUCGUGGUACACCUACGACGGCUGUCACGUUAGCGUCGGCACCAUGCCUGGCGGACCUGGCGUCCCGUGGGAUCCGGAAGACAAUCUGGGCAAGACAGCGACGCACGAGGUCGGGCACUGGUUCGGACUGUUUCAUGUGUUUGAAGGUUUUGAUUGUGAUGGCGAGGGGGAUUUGAUUGAUGAUACCCCCGCGACGAAGGUUGCCACGGUCGGGUGUCCUGUAAGUCAGGAUUCCUGUCCUGAUCAUCCUGGGCUGGAUCCGAUUCACAACUAUAUGGAUUACACGAAGCAUGCGUGGUAA